UUUGCGGGGCAGUUCGACACAUGGUUUGGUGGAGGACGGGGUCGUAUGCUUGUCUCUUGCUAGUGUGAAUCGGCUGGGGUCGCGGAGGGUAGUUGCAAUUUAUCAUGGGGAAGGAAGCAGUGCUGUUCCUGAUGCUCACUCAUUACACAGUGCGGCAUUGCAUGGGCUUCUCCCAGUCUGUGGAUAGCGAUUAUACGUUUACCCUACCUGCGGGGCAGAAGGAGUGUUUCUUUCAGCCAAUGAAGAGAGAUGCCACUUUGGAGAUAGAGUAUCAGGUCUUGGAUGGUGCUGGUUUAGAUGUGGAUUUCUCUCUAACGUCUCCAAAUGGUGAACUUCUACUGUCAGAGGAACGGCAAUCAGAUGGGGUUCACUCGGUAGAAACAAUUGACGGAGAUUACCAGUUCUGCUUUGACAAUUCGUUCAGCCGUAUGUCUGAGAAAGUGAUCUUUUUUGAAUUGAUUUUAGACCACUUGAAUGAUGAAGGAAACGAGCUAGAGGACUGGAAGAGUUAUAUUACAGGCACAGAUCUGUUGGACAUGAAGCUGGAGGAUAUCCUGGAAACUAUUAAUAGUGUGAAAGGACGAUUAACCAAAAGUGCCCAGAUCCAGACGCUACUAAAAGCAUUUGAAGCUCGAGAUCGUAAUCUUCAAGAGAGUAAUUUUGAAAGAGUGACUUUUUGGUCUGUUUUCAACUUGACAGUGAUGGUUGUGGUGUCAGCUCUCCAAGUCUAUAUGCUAAGAAGCCUUUUUGAGGACAAGGAAAAGUAGGCUCUGACAAACUAUGGCCAAGAAUUUACAACAAAAUAUUCUUUGAGUAGUUUUUAUAACCUCUCAGGGCUGGCAAGUACAAGAACCUUUUCCCCCCAAUCCCUGAUGUUUUACCAUUCAGAUAUUGGGGUCUCAAACAAAAUCUUGCCCCGAAGAGUAACUUGAAAAAAAUAUUCAAUGUUUACCAUUUUUUGUAUAUUGACACAGAAGUUUUGGUAUUAAUGCUUCAUUUGAAUUUAACAGUGGCAAAACGUUCCCUCAUUUCCAUAUUAUCUGCACCGGAAAGGUUUCUUUUGUCAUGCAGCAAUAACUUGCAGGAAUUGCAGAAAGAGAUUAGACCCAUAACUGACAUAUGCCCCCCCUCCCAUAUCGGCAAAGCCACUUGAGGCCUGUUCCCCACCUGAUGGAGACCCCAGGCAUUACUAGAAGGCUUGGGGAGCUUUACGAUGGAUUGUAAAAGGUCACUGUAGUACUAAUUUUAUUUUGUUCUUUAUUGCUGUGAAUUGUAAUGAGGUAAGUUUUAUUGUGAUUAUGCUAAAAACUGUUAAACUUUGAAAUUAAUAAAUGUUGAAGGGUUGUCACUAAUUUCAGUAAAAAAAUGAAUAUUGUAGUAUUCAAAGCUUUCUUUGUGAUUUAUGGGGAAUAGACUAUCGCCACAGUGCAGAUAUCUGCAUUGCAUGCUGAGUUCUUAUAACAAUAAACUGAAGUCUUGUCCUUUGCCAACACUAACUAGUUGAGAGCGGUCAUCUAGAAGAGCUAUGUUCAGCAGUUAUUUGAUAUAACUACCGAGCACUGCAUUAAAGGGGGGGGAAAGGGAUGUUUGGCUGAACUCCCAAAAUCCUUUGUAAAAGAUUUGGCCGAAUACUGAAACUAAAUAUGCAAAUUAGGGUGUCAAAGGGUUAAGCACAUUUUU